GCAUCAUCUCUCGGAACGCGACAACCCAUAGUCGCCGCCACCAGAUCCCACAGCGGCUUCAAAUCGACUUCUCGCCAAUCAUGGCGCCUCAUUUAUUCAAAAACCUGCGCUCCAAGUUCAAAGGGUCGCACGAAGCUACAACACCUGAUCCUGUCCCACCGCCGGUCAAGCCAUCUCCACCAGAUUCUCAGCCAGCGACGUCUCAAUCUUCCUCCCAAUCCGCCUCCCAAUCCGCCUCUCAACCCGCCUCUCAGCACGCCUCUCAAUCUACCCCUCAAUCCACAUCCCAACCCGUUUCCCAACAUGUCUCUCAGCCCGCCUCAAAUUCGUCCCCUCCCCAGGCUCCAAUCUCAACCGAGAGCCUUCAAGAAUGCCUUUGGAAUGAGGCCUACGACCAGCUCAAAUCCAACGAGCCCGACGUGGUAGAAACGUACGAGAAGAUUCUAUCCAGCCAACUUCAUGCCGGGGACUCGCCACCUGCAUCGCAGAAGAAUGACAUCGGACAAACCCGAGAGGAGCGGUCGCAUCAGAUGCAAGAACUUGUCCGUCUGGGGCUGGAAAAGACGGCGAAGGGCGCAUCUGUCAAGCAAGGAAUUGAAGGCGGUUUUCAAACAGCAUCCAUCAUGAAAGGAAUUGUCGACAAGGCAGUUCAGGCAUCACCCGAAGCUUCUGUCGCUUGGGUGGGCGUCUGCUUAGCACUGGAUAUUCUCUCAAAUCCAAUCACCGAGGCAGGCAUUAACCGCCGUGGAGUUUCUUACGUCGUAUCGAGAAUGGAUUGGUAUUGGAACUUGGCCGGCCUUCUCCUUGAUAAAAAUCGGUCUGCAAGCUCUGCUGCAGGGCUUCGAGACGAACUAGAGAAGCACAUCAUCCAGCUCUACAAAAAGCUCCUCCUCUACCAGAUGAGGAGUAUCUGCAUUUACCACCGAAACCAAACCGUCGUCUUCCUGAGGGAUAUGUUCAAGCUUGAUGAUUGGAAUGGCCAACUCACAGACAUCCAGGACGCGGAGGUUGCUGUGCGAAACGACUCUCAGCAAUACAACACCGAACAGGUCAAGUCGCAUCUUCAAGGUAUUGCCGAAGCCGCCGUCUCCCAAGAGUCGAAGCUCCAGGACAUCUACUCGGCUCUUUUAGCCCAAACCACGCAGCAAACAAAAUUCCAGGAACAGCAGGCCAAGUUCCAAGAGCAGCAGGCGAAAAUUCGAAAAGACGACAACUACAACAAAUGUCUACACGAUUUACGUGAGACCGAUCCCCGAGACAACAAGACGCGAAUCCAGGAAACGAAAGGCGGCCUGCUCAAGGAUUCAUACAGCUGGAUUCUCGAACACGCCGACUUCAACCGAUGGCGCACCGAGACUGAGAGCCGACUCCUCUGGAUCAAAGGUGAUCCUGGCAAGGGCAAGACAAUGCUUUUGUGCGGAAUCAUCGACGAAUUGGUGAAAGAAAAGACACACGCCAUGUCCUACUUCUUUUGCCAAGCCACUGAGCCAACCCUCCGCACUGCAACAGCUGUGCUGCGCGGUAUUGUUUACGUCCUCAUCGACCAACUUCCGUCCCUUAUUUCUCACGUUCCCAAAAAGUAUGACCAUGUCGGCAAGCAACUGUUUGAGGAUAACGUAGCCUGGGGGACCUUGUCCAAGAUGCUCACUGCUAUGCUCGAUGACCCGAUACUGGAUGGUGUAACGCUUAUCAUUGAUGCACUCGACGAGUGCGUGACUGGAUUGCCCGAGCUUCUCGACUUCAUUUGUCAAAUGUCGACUUCAGCCAGCGCUAAAUGGGUCCUAUCGAGUCGUAACUGGCCAGAUAUUGAGGAAAAGCUGGGUGCCAUCGAGAGCAUCCAGCUGUCCCUUGAGUUGAACGAAUCUUCCGUCUCGAGUGCCGUCCGCACAUUCAUUGGGCACAAGGUCGACCAGCUGUCCCGCGAGAAGAAAUACGACGAGAAAACACGACAAGCCGUUCUGGAAUACUUGGCAGCCAACAGCGACGACACAUUCCUUUGGGCAGCCUUGGUCUGCCGGGAACUUGGAGAUCCCAAGGUCCGCAGAUGGCAUACGCUUGCAAAACUCCACACGUUCCCAGCCGGUCUCGAUGCGCUAUAUACUCGCAUGAUGGGGCAAAUCAGCGAUUCCCUUGACGCGGAUCUGUGCAAGGACAUCCUCGCCACCGUUUCCGUCACCUACCGCCCAAUUACCUUGAAGGAACUGACGUCUCUUGCGGAGUCACUCGAAGAUUUCAAGGAAGAUAUCGAAACCGUGAAGGAAUUCAUUGGAUGCUGCGGCUCUUUCCUGAAUAUCAGAAAUGAUGCAAUUUAUUUCAUCCAUCAGUCGGCAAAGGAUUUUCUGCUGAACCAAGCCAGCGAUCAAGUCUUGCCAUCUGGCGUCAUACAUCAUCACCACGUUAUAUCCUCGAGAUCCAUCAAGGUGAUGUCGGAAGCUCUGAAGCGUGACAUAUACGGCCUGCGAGAGCUAGGGACUCUCAUAGAUGAAGUAUCCCCACCCGAUCCCAACCCAUUGGCUUCAGCUGAAUAUUCCUGCGUCUACUGGAUUGAUCACCUUGUUCACGUAUAUCCCAGACUAGGUGCAGGUCUCAUCGAGCAUUUACAGGACGACGGCACCGUCCAUGUCUUUCUACGAGAGAAAUACCUGUAUUGGCUGGAAGCGCUCAGCCUGCUGGGUAAAUUACCAGGGGGGAUCAGCGCAAUGGAUCGUCUCAGAGUAGCACUUGUGGAAGAAUCCGGAGCACCUCAAGUAACGAAACUGGUUUCAGACGCAUACAGAUUCAUCCUUUCCCAUGGCCAGGUCAUAGAAGCGGCACCCUUGCAAGCUUACGCCUCAAGUCUCGUGUUCAGUCCUUCUCGCAGCUUGGUGAGAGAGUUCUUCGGCAAGGAAACACCAAAGUGGAUAAGUUCCAUGCCAAACAUGGAUCAAGAAUGGGACGCCUGUCUCCAGACGCUCGAUGGACACUCUGGCGCCGUAAACGCUGUUGGCUUUUUGCGAAACUUCAAGGAAAAUGGGCUCGUCGAAAUACUCGCCUCUGGUUCAUCAGACUGGACCGUAAAACUCUGGUCUGUUUCUACUGGGCGCUGUAUUCGCAACCUUACGGGCCAUACUGGCACAAUAACAGGAGUCGAUUUGGCCUGUAUCGACGAUGGAUGGAGACUCGCUUCAAGCUCAUAUGACUCUACUAUCAGGAUCUGGGACACUGAGAAAGGAACUUGCGUCCGCACCCUUUCCGGUCAUGUCAGCUCCGUGCAGUCAGUCGCCUUCUCGGGCUACACCAAGAAAGUCGCUUCAGGCGGGCACGACCAAACAAUCAAAAUCUGGAAUGCCACUACGGGAGCUUGUCUCCACACGUUGGAGGGUCACGACAGCAUUGUUAGUUCAGUCGUCUUCUUGGACGAAGAUGAUCAACGACUCGUCUCCGGCUCAAACGAUGGCACGAUUAGGAUCUGGGAUACGGUUACAGGGGAUUGCGUUCGGCUGCUCGAAGGCAAUAGUGGCUCUGUAUACUCAAUCGCCAUAUCCUCCACACUGGCUCGACAACAAAUCGCUUCCAGCUCUGCGGAUAACAAAAUCAGAAUCUGGGAUGAGGAGACGGGAACCUGUCUGCACACCCUUAUCGGCCACAAGCGCUACAUCACGUCAGUCAUCUACACCUGCAUAGGAAGCGAUGAAUAUCUUGCCUCGGGCUCUUACGAUCAGACAAUCAAGAUCUGGGACACGAUGAAAGGGACUUGUGUACAGACCAUAAAGGGAAAUGCCGACACGGUGGAAUCGCUUGUCUGUCUACAAGAUCGCUACCGGAUUGCUUCCGGUGCGAUCGAUGGGAGAAUCAGGAUCUGGAACGCAGAAAUAAUCGACGACGUACAGGUGGUGCAGAAACACGAUAGCGGAGUUGCGUGCAUCGCGUGUUCGGGUAACGGCGAGCAAAUUGCCUCAAGUGCACGCGAAGGGGAUAUCAAGAUUUGGGAUACAGCUACGGGAAGUUGUAUCCGCACACUCGCAGGACACACGACAUUAGUGACGUCGCUUCUCUUCUCCAAAGAUCACCAGACGAUUGCGUCGAGCUCAAGCGAUGAUACGAUUAAGAUCUGGGAGAUAUCGACCGGAGCCUGUCUUCAGACCUUUGAGGGCCACGCUGGGUCAGUCAAGUGCAUUGCCUUAUCUGAAGAUGGGCAGCACCUCGCCUCUGGGUCGGUCGAUUGUUCAGUAAAGGUAUGGGAUACCAGUACGGGCAUCUGUCUUCGGACUUUUGAGGGGCAUGGUGGUUCAGUGAAAGCAGUUGCUUUCUCAGCGGACACUCGGAGACUGGCAUCGGGUUCAGAUGACGAUGUUAUCAAAGUUUGGGACUUUGACACUGGAGACUGCCUCCACACGCUGGAAGGUCAUGUUUUCUCAGUACUUUCAGUCGCCUUCUCCGCCAAUAACCAGCUGCUAGCAUCUAGUGCAGGCGAUGAGACAAUCAGGAUCUGGGAUCUGGCGACUGGCGCUUGCAUGCAAACCAUCAACGCCAAUAGAGUGGUAUUUGAUCUCAAGUUUGAUCCGACGAGCAGCUCGCGAAUUUAUACAGAUCUAGGUGUUUUGGAUCUGGAUUUGUCGUCUUCACAAGCGACGCAGGAAAUCUUAGAGGAUCCCCAUUAUCAUGGCUACGGAUUGUCCACCGAUAGGAUGUGGAUCAUGAAAGAUGGAAAGAAUGUACUGUGGCUGCCUUCAGAGUAUCGACCGCGGCAAUACGGGGUGAUAGGAUCGACGAUUGCAAUUGGCUGCAGCUCUGGGCGAGUGUUCGGGAUGCAGUUUUCGGCGACUAGGACGGCAAAGUAGGUCCACAAGCAUCGUCAAUGUAGCUUAUUAUUAGAAACCA